AAACAUCGACGAUAUGUUUCAUCCUAGCAACCUUGUUUGAACCAUCAGAUCAAAUCGAUCAAACACCGAAAAAGAAAUUUCACAAAAUUUCAGUUAUAUUUCAUAAAGAGAAAAAAGCGUUUGUAACGAAAUAUAAGUCGAACAUAAAUGAUGUCCAAUUUUGUUUUACCUGAGGAAUUAUCUUAUUUCAUCGAAAGCAUUCGCCCAUUUCAAUUGGUCGACAUAGGGAGCACGAAGUGGGUGGACGUUCACGAAAUGAUUAUAAAAUUAAGCCAGCAAGCUAUACUCGAAGCAGCCGAACAUCGUGAAGAAGAAGUGAAAGAAUUUCUCAUAUCCCGGGACAAGUUGAAGGUACAAGCUAUAAAAGCGCAACACUAUCUUCACAUUUCUGAUUUUCAGGUGCUUAUACACGAAGCUUACAGCAUUUUUUUAUGGAAAACUCGUGUGCUACCACACCUGCUGGAAAUCGAUCCCAAUCCUCAGGCUACUUUUCUCAUCUAUACAGUGCUUUUUCACGAAGCUGCUGUUAUUUCCUUAUUAGACACCACACUUUUCCAUGUGAGCGCAUGUGAGGCACUGCAGGAAGCAGCUAUUGAUUUGGUAGACUACUGCGCUUUGGCUGUUGCACAAGUGAUUGGUUUAGUAAGCAUGGGUUAUCAUGAAAAUCAAUCAAAAGUUGAUGUAGAUGAAGCUGUUUUAUCCGAGUUAGAGCGUCAAAAACGCGAUUUAAUUUAUAAGAUUGGCAUGCGUUGCAUUUCUAUACUUUGCUACCUGGCAGAGCAUGCCGAUUCAAUACCGUUGAGUGCCUCACGUCGCAUGGUGGUAACGCACGAUGUACCUUGGCUAAUAGCAGACUUACUGCAAUUUCGUCCUUGGCAGCGACGCACAAAUAAAGGACUGCAACGUUAUAUUGAUGAAAAGUGGUUAUUGGUGCAAGGUGAUGACUUAAACAAAGUGUCCAAACAAGAAGCGCAAAGCUGGUUUUGCAUGCGACAAUUGCUCUUUAAUAAAUCUUUGAUGACAUCGUAUGAGUUAAACGAAGAACGUCGAAAGCAUCUGUCUAAAUGUCAAGGGCUGUUGCUGGAGACAAUACUCGAUCAACUUCCACCUUUAGUUGAGUUAAAGCAAUACCUUUGCCUUUUGGGCGUCGCCGGCAACGGUAAUGAGAAUACGAAACAAAAAUCUAACUUGCUUCUCGAAGAAUUACCAGAAAUACGCGAAAAGCUUAUAGCUGAGUGUGAACGCAUUGGUGGUUUUCCUGUUGUAGCUCAAAAGCAAGAGGAAAUAUUUCUGUGUACUGAUAAAGAUAAAAUAUGUGAAAUAGCCAAACGUUUGAAUACGGCAUACAAUACAGAUUUGCUGGCCGAGCUCGAGGAGAAGGCUGCAAGAACAGAAAAAACUUCUGAAACUGUGGAAACGGGUAAGGAUGAGGCUGGUAGAAAAAAAUGCGGCAAAUGUGCUUCUAAUGCAGUGAAGAAGUGCGCCAACUGUAAAACUACUUAUUACUGUUCAAGAAAAUGUCAACUGGACGACUGGCCGCAGCACAAAGUCAACUGCAUUAAAGCUUAAAGCAACACCUCCGAGUUAUC